AUGUGUUGUUAUGACCAUGGAUUAAGUGUACCACAGCUUGCCUACGCCUUUGUCGUUGGAAUAUGUUUAGCACAAGCAAGUUACUUGUCACAUGUAAAUGGAAAUGGAUUUUCCCUUAACGGAAAUGGAUAUACUAAUGGCGUAAACGGGAAUGGGAAUGGCGCAUAUACAAAUGGUAAUGGCAUAAAUGGCAAUAGCAGAAAUGGAAAUGGCAAUGGUGCAUUUUCUAAUGAAAAUGGAAAUGGGAACGGCGCAUAUAAUAAUGGGAAUGGAGGCAUAAAUGGUAACGGUAAUGGAGUUUAUAGAAACGGGAAUGGGAGAGGUGCAUAUAAAAAUGAUAAUGGUAUAAAUGGGAACGGAGUAUAUACAAAUGGUAAUGGUAGGUAUGGAAAUGGCAAUGGUGCAUUUUCUAAUGGAAAUGGGGCUUAUGUAAAUGGAAAUGGCAACGGUGCAUAUUCCAAUGGUAACGGUGCAUAUACCAAUGGAAACGGGAAUGGAGCCUACGGAAAUGGUAAUGGGGUCACCGUGUACGCCAAUGGCAUUGUGGAUCCGUUCAGAGCUCUAGCUGAUGCCAUUGGCGGUGGAGGCGUGCCAGGUGUGGACUACCCCAUUCUGGCCUUCGUUCCCGCCACCAGCUUCUCGUGCAACGACCAACUGCCUGGAUAUUACGCUGAUACUGCGCCUGAGGCUGGAUGUCAGGUGUUCCAUAUCUGUCAGGCAGGAGGCAGAAUCGACUCGUUCCUUUGUCCCAAUGGCACAGUGUUUAAUCAGCAACAUUUUGUGUGCGAUUGGUGGUACAACUUUGACUGUUCGACGGCUGAACAGUUCUACGGUUUGAACGCUGAGAUUGGUAAUUUCAAUGGAAAUGGAUACACAAACGGUAAUGGUUAUAAUGGAUAUGCCAACGGUAAUGGAUACACCAACGGCAAUGGUUACAACAACGGUCAUAGGAAUGGUAAUGGAUAUACCAACGGUAACGGAUACACUAAUAGUAACGGCAACGGAUACACCAAUGGGAAUGGAUAUAUAAACGGUAACGGCAAUGGUUACACCAACGGCAAUGCUAACGGAAAUAGGUACAGCAAUGACAACGGUAAUGGAAACGGGUUUACCAAUGGAAAUGGGUAUAAGAACGGUAACAAAAAUGGAUACAGCAAUGGGAAUGUAUAUGCUAACGGCAAUGGUAAUGGGAACGGCUACGUCAACGGAAAUGGCAAAGCCAAUGGAAAUGGCAGAGCGUCGUACGUACAGAAAAGAAAAAACUCAUACCACAUCGCUCGUCCUGUGGACUACCAAGGAGUGCGUUGCCCAGUGGAUAACCAGGCUGGCAACGAAAAAUAUGCUAUUUUGAGAAGGAAUUUGUCAGAAAAAGAUCUAACAGAUUUACUGGACAUUACAUUGUCAACUUCAUGA